AGUGCCCCAAAAAAGAAAAAUGCCCAAACAACGUGGAAAGAGAACGCAGACAAGAAUGCGAAGUGGUAGACCAAGAGAGUACAUCAUAAGGGGGUUUGGCUUCGCUCUUCAGAUUUGGGCCUUUGAAGUGUUCCCAGCUUUGGAAGCAUUGCAUUUCACGGUCCAUGAAGACAAUAGGCACAUCCCUCGAAUAUUACAUUGGAGGAGCAACACGGUGGCCCGUUUUCGGGAGGUUAUGAGUCAGGUUUUUGAAAACUUUGAGGUUGAUGUGCAACUUCUCCGGCCAACAGAUAUUGAGAAGCAACAACCUUACUGGAGUUGGGGUGAUGAUGACAACGAAGAACCAAUGGUUGAAUUAUUUGGGGAUGAGGCCGAAGAAAAAACCGGCACUUCUAGUGAAGAAAAAGACGCGGAUGUUGAGGAAACAGCCACCCUUCCCUCCUCUUCUAAGGCCAAAGGGUCUGUUAAUGACGUUCGCAGUUUGAAGCAUCAAUUACGCAGCACUAAGGAUCAGUUGGCUAAGCUACGUAGUUCAAAUCGGGGGCUUAGGAACAGAGUUCGUGACUUGGAAGCUAUUGUACAGAAGAACUGUUUGAAGCAUGAGAACGAGUGUGACAGAAAUAAAAAGGCUAUUCGGGAUUUGACCCUAAAAAUUGCUGAAGUCGAACAUUAUUUGAAGUUGGAGAUGGAGGAGUUAAAAAAAAAUUAUGGUGGAGAAGCCCAUGAGGAAGUCUGUACUGCCCAGAUGAAUGACGGAGGGCAGAAUGAUUUGUCACCCGUAAAUGAACCUACUAGUCCGACUACAGCAGCACCUAAAAUGGACACUCAAGUUCCAGCUGAUGGAGUAGAACCCUUCCCAGGCAUGCAUACAGAACGGGGUGAAAUGGAAGCACCAGUCUGUGGUGAUGGAGUGGAACACUUUCCAGCCUCAGAUCAAGAAGGGGCUCCAAGGGAACCAGAAGUCCCUGCUGAUGGAGUGGAACCCUUCCCAGCCAUGGAAGUCAUAGACACUGAAAUUGAAACUUCAGUUCCUGAGAGGCAAGUGGACCAACAACCUCACAAGGUUCCUACCGCUGAAGAUGUGAAGCUUCCUAGUGUUGAAGAUGCCCUCCUUCCUACUCCGGAAGAUGGGAAUGGGUAUAGAGUUAUUUGUAAAACAAUGUUACAUUUGUUACAGGAUUGGAAGAAGACAGAAAUUGAGGGGGUGGGAUCCAAGGUCAGGCCUCCCAUGAAAUGUAACAUAACUGUGGUUGGUGAUGAAGGGGAUGAAGGGGACAACGAGGCUACUGCCACGGUUCGGAAACCAGCUGGUGAAGGCAAAGGGUGCAGACUUAAGCGGGCUGCGACACCAUUGUUGAGUCCAUUCACCGAUCCCUCCAGGAAAAAGAGGAAGGUUACUGAUUUGCAUGCACAGACACCUCAGCCCCGUUUUGAUCCAACAAAACCCGUGGCCAUGGACGAUGUGAAGGCUAUCAUACAACUUUGCAGGGCUUGGAAAACUGACAUCAGUGCGGAGCUGGAGCUCGAACCAUUUGAAGUUGGGGCAGAUUUUUUUUUACAAACUGUUAGAUGAAACUGCAUGGAUGAGCUCGAGGCACCUUGACAUGGCCAUGUUUCUAAUACGCAAAAGACAACUCUCUCAUCCGCAACUAUUUGGAAGGGAGUGGACAACCGCCGAGUUUUGUCUGCAGCAAUUUUUACAGCCGUUUGCAAUGCCAAGUGGGAAACGAGUCACGAGGAAACAAUCUGCUGCAAGCACC